UACUUGUGAAAGAUUCAGUCAUUCGUAUUGAUUCCAUUUUUCAAUCAUGAGUAACUUUUUUAUAUUCGUAGCAUUAUUAGUGGUUAUUUCACCACAAGUGCUUGGCAAAAGUAAGGACUACUGCAGUAGUGUAUUUAGGAAGAUUUGCGAAAACAAAGGUGAACAUGUUGGAUGUCGACCAAAAGAUUUUUCAGAUUACCCAUCGUGUUCAAAUCAACAUCCAAAAUUAAUCCUCAUGAAAUCAAGUUACAAAAAGUAUAUUUUGAAGCGUCACAACGAGCUGAGAAAUAAGUUGGCUAGUGGGACUAUGACUUCAACUCAUGGAACAUUUCCAAGUGCGAUGAAUAUGUCGGAAUUGAAAUGGGACAGCGAAUUGGAAAAAUUAGCUGAAUACAACGUUAAACAGUGCACUAUGAACCAUGAUCGUUGCAGAAGCACAGACAAAUUUCAUGAUGCCGGUCAGAAUAUCUACUACUCGUCGUGGUCACAGAAAAGAUCAAGUGAUAAAACAAAUCUUAUUGGAGAAGCAAUCCAAGCCUGGUGGGAUGAACAUAAAGAUUUUUACAUCCACGAAGUAGCCAACUAUAGAGGGCAAAGCAGAGGAGUUCUACACUUUACUGCAAUGGCUCUCGAUUACCAAACUCGCGUUGGAUGUGCGAUUUCGGAGUACGAUUAUGCCGGAACUGGAGACACAUUUCUGAUGACCUGUAACUAUUCAUCGUGGACUUGGAUGGAAAAACCUAUCUACAACAAAGGAAAAGCCUGCUCAAAGUGUAAAAAAUGCGAUAAAACUUACAAAUCAUUGUGUAAGUAGUUAAAAAUGGGAAUAUUAGUGGUUUGCUAAUUUUAAUGAAACAUAAAAUAAUAAUUCAAUUGAAAAAAUUAUACUUUUCAAUUAAAAGUGCA